AUGAAGCUCUCAACACUCUUACUGGGAGCAGGCGUCUGUGUAUCGUCGACCGCCGCCCAGUACUUCUCAGACGGCUGGAGUCCUGGCCAGAGUCGCCAGACCGUUUCAACAGCCGAUACCCCAGCCCCAACUUAUACCCCCGCCGAACCCGUUGCAGGCGAAAAGCCUAAGGGUGGGCUAAUUGAACAGAUUCUCAGCUCAGGACCCUUAUCGUCGAUCUUCCAGCGCGCUGGAAUCAACAUUUCGGAACGGUUAGACGAGGCACUGAGCCGGACCAGCUACUGGGACGACAGAAUUCCUCUUAUCACGGAUGAGAACUACGGAGACCUUAUCGUCAAUGAAACUUUGACGCCAGAAGAGGAGGCAAAACGAACGUGGUUUCUCGUCGUAACUGUCACGUCUUCGAAGCAGGAUGGUGUUUCCAAGAUACUGGACGAUAUUUUCGAUUCAGCAUUCAACCAAAGUCAGAUUGCUGGGGAUAUCCCACAUGUCCGCUGGGGACGCAUCGACUAUCUCAAUGUCACGGCCAUCACAACUCGUUGGGCAGUCUGGCACGCGCCACUCCUCGUGGUAUUGAGGGAUCGAGGCCAGGAACUUCGUUUUUACAGGCCACACCAGCUCAAUCUUAAAGCUGAAGCCAUGCUGGAGUUUCUCAAGCAUGACGGCUGGCAAGCAACGCCACCAUGGUCCUCAGCAUAUGCACCCGGUGGCAGUAGAGAGUACCUGAUGGAGUACUUGGCCGUUGUCCUCACUAGGAUCUACAACGUUACUGUUCUUAUCCCUAACUGGAUGCUACUCCUACUUUCUGGAGGAGUGGCAUCAGUGCUCCUCAAGUUCCUUCAUCGGAAUCCGGCACCUUCUGUGACUUCCCCAAGGCAGCCAACGGAAGAAGGUCCAAAAGUCGCUCCCACGUCCAACUCGACCUCGCAGGCUUUGCCAAACAGCAAACGCUCAGGCGUGAAACAACGUAAAGGCGGAAAGAAAUGA